AUGGUUUGCGGAAAGUGCCAGAAAGUCACUAAAGCUACGACGCUCGCAACUCCAGGCGUUAAGAAAAAGAGUGAGAUGUACUAUGGCUCUCCUGCAGGCUCUUCAAAGAGUAGCGACAAGCCCAAGACUUCAGCGACGCUGGGAAAUAAUGGCAUAGCGAAGGCAAGAGGAUUAUCACGCCCAGAUUUUUACUUCAUCCUAAAAAAUUUUACAGAAAACCCAUACGCUACGUACUCGAGUUCCUGCUCGACGUGCAAGACGAAAAUUGACCAAGGGCGGACGUAUUGCCACAAAUGCGCAUACAAAGCAAAUGCUUGUGCUAUUUGUGGUAAAAAGGAAUCAAAAUCAACCGCUGCCGCUCCGGUCAUCGCCGGACAAAAGUUCACUUUGAAGUGA